ACUUGAUUGUUGAUCCUUUUGCAAUUGUGUCGUUACCUUUUUAUGACGUCGCCAUCUUAACAACAGAACUCUAUAUGUUCCUUGUCAACGUUUUGUAGCAGAGAGAGCUUUUCUUAUACCCAAACGAAAUAACGGCUGAAUUUUAUAGAAUGGAUGGUAUUGCUGCUAUGAGGGACCCUAACUCUCUUAAUGAUCAUGUCAUGAUCCAGUUUGACGGUGUGAUAGGGGAACCACCUACUGCUGAAAGUAUGUACUGUGUUUGGAAGGCCUCUGAUAAAGUCUUCACCGGGAGUAUGGAUUGCUGUUACAAAGGUUUGACCGCUGUUUGUGGAGUGCCAUGUGCUUUGAUGUGGGGACUGAACUUUGCAUGUCUCAGUUUUAAAUCUGUUUGGUGUGUCACUCCAUGCGUCAGAAUGAUGAGAACAUGCGUCAAUUCAUGGAGCGGAAUCUACAACACAUGCGUCAAAUGUGUCUGCCAACCAUGUUAUGAAUCCGUGGGCGCUAUGUUUAGUAAUAUCAAAGUAACACAAGAAUAAAAUAUAAAAAAAACAAUCUUUUUAACUUUAUUACGCCUCGAAUUCAAAUUUAAUUGGUCUGUGUCCAUUUUUAAGCCUGUUUGGUGUGUCACUCCAUGUGUCGACGUGUCAGAAUUAUUGAUAAGAACAUGCGUCAUUUCUUGG